AUGUUCUGUAUAGUAUCAGGGCUUCACGAGCCCCAGACUGCCUGUGUCAACAAAAGUUCGAUUACAAAGGUCCUACAUCUCCAAGUAGAAGUCACAUUACUGGAAGCUUCACUUCUAAUCACUGUCCAUAACUCUCUUCUGAAACCGACUGGGCUGGCAGCAGUAGAUGUACAUCCAAAAGUCACAAAUCAGGCUGUGCUUACCGCCCUAAAUUUCACAAUUACAAACGCUCAGACCAGCUGGGAUUUCACUCUGGGCAGCCUAUUUCAACCUUGCGCUCUCCCAACCAACCUAGAUCUUUCGUCUCAAAGUCCCUUUCCAGUAACGCCAGAGGAAAUGGAGGCUGUCGGCGCUGGUGCGAGCAUUCUCACCUUUAUCACCGUCGCUUUUUCAGUCACCCAAUCAAUCCAUUCGGCACUCUCUGCCAUCAAAGAUGGCCCUCGGGUCAUCCGUCUCCUGACUGAUGAGAUCUCUCAGCUCAAGAGCAUCUUACAGCGGUUAAAUGAAGUAUCCUUUGUUUCUAUCGAUGAAAUCGAUAAAUCUCAGUUGGACAAUUUAGCGAAGAGAUGCAAAGACGACCUCUCCGCUCUAAACUCUCGGCUGGAAUCCCUGGAUGUGGCAACUUCGGAUGAUCGACGAGGUCGCCUCUGGACAAAGCUGAAGCUUUCUUUUUCAGAAAAAGACCUUGACCAGAUUCGGCACGUUGUUCGAGGCCAUGUGCAGCAUCUCACAGUUCGGCUCAAUCUUAUUCAGGUACAGCAAGGGUCUUUUACAGCAACUCAGUCAACUCAAAUUCUUGACCUUCUCCAACAACUAAAACAAGACAUGUCCGCUCUACAAACAACCAAUACAGCUACCCUCACCCCCGAGGAGGACUUAUCAUCCACUUCAGCAAGGGUGACAGAGUUGAACGACGAAGAGAUGGACUGUUCACCGGAUACAUCAUUGGAUGAGAGUAUCAAUCGUUUAAUGCGACUACUGGAGAAGAAGCCAUGCGUGGUAGAGUCUGAUGAUUCAGAAGAGCUUCUGAAAGACGUUGAGCAUCUUCUGGAAUGUGUCCGAAAUGAUGCAGAACCUGUCGAGUCAGAAGGGACCUGCCAGAAUUGUCGCCAAGACGUUUCAAAGGAAUUAAAGCUGAUGGCAAAUAUCAUCCUCUCUUCUCCUUCGAUGAUCAUCAAUCAUACUGAACGGAAACGAAAAGGUUUCAAAACAAAUGACGGUGUCAUGACGAUCACGACAGCUAAGAGACGUCGAAAAUCAUUCUCUGAAGGCGAAAAUGAGAAAGCCAAAAAUGAAGCCAGAAGAGACUUCCUCGCAAAACUCACCUACACAUCUAAAAGCACAAAGAAGAUGCUCACCUUGUCGGCGAAUCAGGGGCAGCUUUUAGCCAACAGUUUCAGCACCUUGCUGCCUUGUGUUAUGGUCUGUAACAUUCUACCCAUAAAUUCUCUUGUUUUUGACACGGCCCGAAACGGCUCGGUCCAUGACCUCGUUGGAUUACUUGAGGGUGGGAAAGCUGGUAUUCACGAUCAUGAUACAAAUGGAUGGUCAUUACUCCAUGGGUUAGAUGUUGAUGAAAUCGUUUCCAGACCAGAAACGACUGUUUGGAUAACCCCAUCCCAUCUCGCCAUCACAGCAGAAGUUCCAAUAGGUCAUUAUGAAGCCCUUCUACACGCAGGGGCUGAUGUGACUUUAGAGGUUGGGGAACAGACUGCAGUUCAGUGGAUAACCAAUAAUGAUACAGAGGCUAAGUCCAUCUUGAUGAAACGGACGCUUGAUCUAAGCCCUUUUGUUUAUGCCAACUCAAGCGCUGGCCCUCAUGAAAGCCAAGAUUUGAUUCCAAGAAUUUGCAACAAUGCCUUCAUUGGUGAUGAUUCCGAACCACGCCAGGCACUUCAGCAAGUACGAUUACUCGUUGAGAAAGGCUACGACGUCAAUAGCACAUUAAACGGCCAAACCUGCCUGCAUCAACUCUUCCUUAAGUCUCAUAUUUGGCUCCAGCGCAUACCAGAAUUUAUGGAACUCUUAUCAUAUCUUAUAGAGAAUGGUGCUGACUUGCAAGUCGAGGACGACGAGGGAUAUAAACCUUGGCACUAUGCUUAUAGUGCCACAUGUGAAGCAUGUUAUCUCUUCUGCCCUUCGGGCAAAGGUGAUGUUUGGGAUGCAGUUCUCACUUAUCUCGGCUACGAUAUUAUGGAAGAAAGAAAAUGUUAUCCACGUAAAGCGCGAUAUAUCAUUGGAUAUAGUCGUGAAGAUUUUGAGAAGCUCUGGGAUAAGCAAAGGGACGACUGUCCCUAUUGGGAUGAUCAGCUAUGGCCGCCCGCCUCUGAACGAAGCGAUACGGCAUCCUUCUCUUCUUCGCUAACAAGAGGAAAUAUAUGCGACAUGUGUAGAGACUGCUUGGAUAACCCUGACUGCUUCGACUGUGGCGUUUGCUUGUCCUCUUUCGAGUUCUUUUGCGAAGAUGACAAUCAUGGACACGACGAAUCCUGCCCGAGGAAGCAAGUCGGAGGCUGGGAGCUUCAGGAAGAUGAUGAUGAAGUUUACUGGAAACUUGUCCCCUUCCUAGACGGCGUAUCAGACUAUGAUGUAUUCUCGAGCGGAGAUUCCGAGGAUGGUGGAAUCUUGUUACAAGACAGCUUUGAAGAAGCAUUUUCUGGUGCUUCAGCAGAAGACGUGUCAUGA